AUGGAUAAACUCAUUCUUUUUAUUUUUUUGUUACAAGGUGUUUGGUGUGGAGAUUGGCUCAUCAGUCUGCCAGAGAAGAUUGAAGCUCUGAGUGGAUCCUGUGUGAUCAUAAACUGCACAUUUACUAUUGAUGAAAACAAACAUGCCAAAGAUCUCACUGACAGUGCUGCAGGAAUGUGGUAUAAAGAUGGGCAUCAAGACAACAAAAAUAUUGUGUUUAACUCCAGAAAGUCCAAUCUCUCUUUUAAAGGGAACAUAACUGGAAAAUUAAAAGACAAGAACUGUACUACCAUCUUUUAUGAUGUUACUUCAAAUCAUGCAGGUACAUUUUACUUCAGGAUUGAGGGUAAUGGUGAACUGAAAUAUACCUAUGAACAAAAAUCUGCUUUAGGUGUGAUCGACUCUCCCCCUAAACCCACAGUGCAGAUGUUUAAGGAUCAGAUGGAGGUUGAGGUUCAUGAGGAGGUGUUAGAGGGGAGCUCUAUGUGUCUGCGCUGCUCUGCUAAGACUCUCUGCUCCUCUUCUCCACCAACUCUCACAUGGAGCUCCACUGACAGACUCCACCUCAAUGAGAGCAGCAGACUACAGCUGGAUCAACAGAAACAAACUGAGAUCAUCUCUGAUCUGAACUUCACUGCUACUCACCUUCAACAUGGAGUCACUUUCAUCUGCACUAUAACCUACCAGCUACAGCAGAGGAUCACAACAGCACAGAACAACAUCACAUUAUGUGUUCAGUAUGCUCCAGAAAAUACAUCAGUGUCUGUUUCUCCAUCUAACUCUGUACUGGAGGGCAGUUCAGUGACUUUGAUCUGCAGCAGUGAUGGAAAUCCAGCAGUGUUCAACUACACCUGGUACAGAGAGAAUGAAGGACAGCUGGAGGAGCUGCAGACUGGAUAUAAUCUCACCUUCAAUGUGACUGUUCGUACACACACAGGACGCUACUCCUGUCAAACCAAAAACCAACAUGGCACCCAAAACACAUCAGUGUUGCUGGACAUUCAGUAUGCACCCAAAAUCUCUCUCUUCAGUUGUAACAGAACUGAUGUAACUGUGUAUUUGUGUGAGGCUCAUGGGAAUCCCUCUCCUAAAGUGGAGUGGUUUCUAUCUGGACGUCCUGUCAGUAACUCUACAAACACAUUCAUCAGUGAGGAGCGAUUGAGCAGCACAGACUUGAGGAGCUUCAUUUCUCUCCAGUCACUUACACACACAGACACUCUGCAGUGUGUCACCAUCAACACUCAUGGCAAUGCCAGUCAACAGUUUCAACUGUUUUGCAGUCCUCAGGAGACAACAGGUAUCAGUGUUUUCUCUGUGCUGAUCGGAGCUGCUAUUGGAGUGUCAAUAAAGAUAAUCUUGUGUGUCAUCACCUAUCUCUGUAAACGAAAAGAAAACAGAAGAUCCUUAAAGACAAGACAAGAAGACAUCAAUGGACUUAAUCUGUCUGACAGGGAGACCGAAGAACCUGUUUAUGCCAAUAAAUCUGCUGAAGAAACUUCACUGAAUUACCCACAAUCCCUUCAUUAUUCCUCCAUUGACUUCACAAACACACAAACAGAGUCAGACGAGAUCAGGGGCGUCUCUUCACUUACUGCUGUCUAUGCGGAUGUCCGACAUUAUUCUGGACAAGAGGAAGAAAAGAGAUCUGUGGGAAGCAUUGAACCUUUGCACAACAGCAACAUCUCAACAGUUGAGAUAGCAGACAGUGAAACAAGAGAUCUAGAAUUUACCAUCAGUACAGACCCUGAACAAGAUCAGGCAAAGAAAACAGAUUUGCAGUCUGAUGACGUUUCUGAUCUUUAUGCUCAAGUUAAACGCACACAAAGAAUUAAAAAUUAG